AUGGCGGACCACCGGCGAGAAUUAACGCAGCAAGAACUUCAAAACACUUUCAUGCAGUGGGUAGUAAGCCGUAGUAACAACUGGGUUCGAAACUUUGGUAUUCAUUACCAAUAUGGAUACCAACAAGCUAAUGAAAAUGUUUGGUAUAACCCAUCAGCGCCAGUAGCUCCGCCUACAGCCUCGCCUACGAUGCCACGAGCAGCUGCACUUGCAGCACUGAUAGCGCCUCCACCGCCUCCACCGCCAUCGACGCCACCACCGACUCCAGCAGAAAAUUCAAUGCAAAAUCCGCCAGGACAUCAGCAAGACGGUGGAGCAGAAAAUUUGCCAGCCAAUCCACUGCCGAAUCCAGCAGCAGAUCCAUUGCCGAAUCCACCAGCAGAUCCAUUGCCGAAUCCACCAGCAGGUCCAUUGCCGAAUCCGCCAGCAGAUCCAUUGCCGAAUCCGCCAGCAGAUCCGCUGGUGAAUCCACUGGCAGAUCCACUAGCUAAUCCACCGGCAAAUCCUCUAGCAAAUCCACCGGCAGCUCCACUAGCAAAUCCACCGGAAAAUCAACGAGAAAAUUUGCUAGCUAAUCCACCAGCGAAUCUACGCGGAUUUUUGCCGGGGAAUUUGCAUGCGAAUUUUCCAGCAAAUUUGCCAGCGAACCUGCUAGCCAAUCCACCAGGAAGUUCUCGAGCAAAUGCACAAGUGAAUUGGCCAGCAACUACGGCAGGAAAUUGGCUGCCAAAUUCUCAAGCAAAUUGGCUAGCUAAUUCACAAGUAAAUUCACCAGAAAUGUGGCUGGCCAAUUUACAAACGAACUGGCUAGCCAAUCAACUCGCAAAUUUGCCACAGACUCGACAAGAAAAUUUGCUCGCGAAUUUGCUUGAAAAUAUUCAAGCAAAUCCGCGAGGACAUCAGCCAGACAAUGCCCCAACGAAUUUGCCAGCGGAUUUUCCAUCAAAUUCUCGAGCAAAUUUGCGAGCUUCUCUGCCAGCGAAUCCAACUGCAAACGUGUCAGCUAAUCCGGUAGCAGAUCCACCAGCAAAUCCAUCAGCGAAUGAUCCAGUGCAAGAAACUCUUCGAGUUGUGCCGAGAAACUCGCGAAAUACAUCGUCUGGCUUGAGUGCUGACGAUAUUGCAGCUGAGUGGGAACUGCGACCCCAUUCGUCGGUUGGACCGACUGUCUCUUCGGGAUCCACUGGUCGCCACCUGGCAGGUGGAAGAGGUCACCGUGGGAAUGGAAGGCGUGGUAGAGGGCGUGGUAAAGGACGUGGGAAAUGGCCGUACAGCAAAGGGGGAAGUGAAGGAGGGAGA